CUUCGUGUUGCCAGAGAAUCUGGUCGGGGUAGGAGCUAAGUCUCCGAACCACUUGUUCUGUUUAUGAGUGCCAAGUUAAUCCCCAGCAGUGAGAGACGGGGAAGGAGCAGGCUGUUGGGCUCUUCCUGCUGUUGAAAAUUCGUCGACACUCAGUGGAAAUUUUCUUCCUUCUUCAGCUCUGAAUGUUUCCCCAAACAUGAAGGUAAUACUUUUAUUCAUCUUGGUGGGAUUUAUAGGAGAGUUCCAAGUUUUUUCAAGAGCUGCCUCUCCAGUCAAUUGCCAGUGGGAUUCCUAUGCUUCAUGGUCAGAAUGCAAUGGUUGUACAAAGACUCAGACUCGCAGGCGGUCAGUUGCUGUUUAUGGGCAGUAUGGCGGUCAACCUUGCGUCGGAAGUGCAUUUGAAACACAAUCGUGUGAACCUACACUAGGAUGUCCGGUGGAAGAGGGAUGUGGAGAGCGGUUCAGGUGUUUCUCAGGCCAGUGCAUCAGCAAAUCUUUGGUUUGCAAUGGGGAUUCUGACUGUGAAGAGGAUGGUGCUGAUGAAGACAGAUGUGAGGACUCACAAAGCAGACCUUCCUGUGACCUUGAUGAACCUCCUCCCAACAUAGAACUUACUGGAAAUGGUUACAAUGAACUCACUGGCCAGUUUAGGAAGACAGUCAUCAACACUAAAAGUUUCAGUGGUCAAUGCAGAAAAGUAUUUAGUGGGGAUGGAAAAAAGUUCUAUAGACUGAGUGGAAAUAUCCUUUCCUAUACAUUCCAGGUAAAAAUAAAUAAUGAUUUUAAUUAUGAAUUUUACAACAGUACCUGGUCUUAUGUAAAGAAUACCAUGACAGACUAUACAUCAUCCAGUAGCAAAAGCCACCUUUUUGGAUCUUCAUCUUCUGGAUCUUGUCAUUCAAUACCAAAUUACAAUGAUAACCACAAGAAAAAGAGUUAUCAGUUGUUGGUUGUCCAGAACUCUGUGGAAGUGGCUCAGUUUAUCAAUAACAAUCCGGAAUUUUUACAACUUGCGGAGCCAUUCUGGAAGGAGCUCUCCUUCCUUCCCUCUCUGUAUGACUACAGUGCCUACCGAAGAUUAAUCGACCAGUAUGGGACACAUUAUCUGCAGUCUGGGUCCCUAGGAGGAGAGUAUAAAGUUCUGUUUUAUGUGAACUCAGACAAAAUCAAAGAAAGUGGUCUUCAUUCAGAAGAUAUGAAGAGAUGUACUUCCUCAGGUUUUAACAUUUUCUUUGCAUCAUCAUCAUCGCAAAAAUGCAAAACCCUGGAAAAUGCCUUAAAAUCAGAUUCAGGAAAUAAGGACCAUGUGAUGAAAGGGGACUCAUUUGUCAGGGGGGGAAGUCCAAAUUUUGUGGCUGGCCUCAGUUCACUGGAUCUGAACAACCCUGCUGGAAACAAAAAGCAAUACUCUUCCUGGGCAGAAUCUGUGACUGGUAGUCCCCAAGUCAUAAAACAAAAGCUGACACCUUUGUAUGAGCUGGUAAAGGAAGUACCCUGUGCCUCGGUGAAAAGACUAUACCUGAAGAGAGCUCUUGAGGAAUAUCUGGAUGAAUUUGACCCCUGCCAUUGCCGACCUUGUCAAAAUGGUGGCAUUGCCACCAUUAAGGGAACACAAUGUCAGUGCCAUUGCAAACCAUAUACAUUUGGUGUGGCUUGUGAGCAAGGAGUCCUUGUAGGGAAUGAAGCAGGAGGGGUGGAUGGGGGUUGGAGUUGUUGGUCCUCUUGGAGCUCCUGUGUUCAGGGGAAGAAAACAAGGAGCCGAGAAUGCAAUAACCCACCUCCCAGAGAGGGCGGGAAAUCCUGUAUUGGAGAACCCUCGGAAAGCGGCCCCUGCGAGGAUGAGGAGCUGCAGCAUUUACGGUUGCUUGAACCACAUUGUUUUUCUUUGCCUUUGACUCCAAAAGAAUUUUGUCCAUCACCUCCUGCCUUGAAAGAUGGAUAUGUUCAAGAUGAAGGUGUGAAGUUUCCUGUUGGGAAAAACAUAAAAUAUACUUGCAAUGAAGGAUACUCUCUUAUCGGAGACCCUGUCGCCAGAUGUGGAGAUGAUUUACGGUGGCUUGUUGGAGAAAUGCAUUGUCAAAAAAUUGCCUGUGUUCUACCUACAUUGAUGGAUGGCAUUCAGAGUCAUUCCCGCAAACCGUUCUAUGGAGUUGGUGAGAAGGUGACCAUUUCCUGUUCAGGUAGCAUGUCCUUAGAAGGUCCUUCAACAUUUCUCUGUGGAUCCAGCCUUAAGUGGAGUCCUGAUAUGAAGGGUGUUCGGUGUGUGAAAAAAGAUGCCCCCUUGCCGCCAGCAGUGCCUGAAUGUCAGCGCUGGGAGAAACUGAAGAAUUCAAGAUGUGUUUGUAAAAUGCCCUAUGAAUGUGGAUCCUCCUUGGAUGUAUGUGCUCGAGACGAGAGAAGCGAAAGGAUACUGCGUCUGACCGUUUGCAAGAUGCGUGUUCUCCAGUGUCAGGGUAGAAAUUAUACCCUUGCUGCGGGGGACAGUUGCACUCUGCCUGCCCCCACCGAGAAAGCCUGUGGCGCCUGUCCACUCUGGGGAAAAUGUGAUGCCCAGAGCGGCAAAUGUGUCUGCAGGGAAGCAUCCGAGUGCGAGGACGGCGGCUUUAGCGUCUGCGUGGAAGUGGAUGGCGUCGAGCAGACGAUGAGCGAGUGCGCGGCCGGCGUGCUCAGGUGCCGAGGACAGGACGUCACUGUCACCAGCACGCAGCCCUGCGCUGGGGGGACCCCGUAGGCUCCCGGGCCUCUCAGCCGGAAUCCCGCAGCCACUGUGGCUGAGUUCAAACACAUGUAACCAAGCACUCAAGGCGGCCCUGCCCGCGUGGAGGAACCCUCCUCCUCCCUCGUCCUCCCUCGUCCUCCCUCGUCCUCCCUCGUCCUCCCUCGUCCUCCCUCCUCCUCCCUCCUCCUCCCUCCUCCUCCCUCCUCCCUCCUCCUCCCUCCCUCCUCCCUCCUCCUCCCUCCUCCUCCCUCCUCCUCCCUCCUCCUCCCUCCUCCCUCCUCCUCCCUCCUCCUCCCUCCCUCCUCCUCCCUCCUCUUGCCUCUGCACUGUCUCUCCUCAACUCCCAGCCGCGGGCACCAGCAUAGCCCCCUGUUCGGCCAAACCCCAAUCCAGACAACACUCCUUCUCUUCUUAGUUAAAAUGUCAGCCAGGAUGAGCAGCGCCCUCGAACCUGUGCAGGAGCUGUUGUGUUUUUGGACAAACUGCUCACUUGUCUGGACCUUGACUGUUUAAAUCUGAAAAUGAGAGGCUUAGAGCAGAGAAACUCGAAUACUCCCUUCAACCCUAGGAUUCAUCAAUGUAUGACAGAUCCCACCUAUGGGCCCGAACACCCUGUACGGAUGGAUUAGGAGAACAGUAAGAUGAGAGAGGUCGGCUUCCCUCUGGGACGAUGAAUGCGAAGGGGACCUUGAGUGGAAGAAGACAGAUACAAUUUUCCAUUCCAAGCUGCGAUCUCGUGCUUCUGCCUGUGGACUUCAGCACCCCGUGUAGGGAUCCCUACAUCUUAUCUGGACAUGGAACCCCUGAAAUGUCAGAACCACUGUGCUCUCAUCACUGACACCUUCUGCCUUCUUGUCUGAGCACAAACACAAUCCCUUCUUCUCUCUGGGGCUUUUCUCUAGUGCGUGUCAAGUGCAUGAAAUGCAAUUUGCCCCCUUUCCCCUUUUUUCUUUUGUAGGAAGCAUGAGUUCAUGCCUGAGCUAUUGAGAGAUCAUGAAUUUGACAGCACUGUUUUCUCAAAUAUGAAUACAUGCUUGGAUUUUUCAGGGGGCCAUACAGGUACAUCAGUUUGAGACACUAGCCUUCUAUUUAUCCCUUAUUCAUCUUUCAUCAAAACAAAAAAGCAGCUGUGGGAGAUGAAAUGAGUGGGCUUAAAUGGAAUUUAAAAUAUGCUUUCAUAUACAAAUAAUAUCUGUGUACUUUUCUGGUACUGAUAAAUACAUUUCAACAAAACCUUAGUUAAAAUGACAAUGAUUAAAAUCUCAUUAAAGAUA